UAGGUAUACAAACAUUAUUUGAUAUCUGUUGAUGCUACAAGCUACAACCUUAAUCCUUAACUGAAGAAGUAACUGAUGUUAUUAGUUUCUAAACCGUUAAAUUCUAACAGGAUGUACUCAGGUCGCUGUAUUCUGUCAUAUUUCUCAAUCCAAAGUUCGGAGCGAGAUAUACAUAUGAAAAUCUUACAGAAAAUGUCAUUCCCGCAUACUUCGGUCCAAAUGUUGUUUAUUAAUCAAUACCAAAUGUUUGUUGAAGCAACAUAGUAUUAUAGACAACAAUAAUACGUAUUUCAAUUCGAUACACGAUUGAACUCAUAGUAUAUGUGAAAAAAAACAAUCCUGGAUCGAAUGUUACCUUGCCUAAUUAUACUGAACAGUAUAAAUAUAAGCCUUCCUUCUGGCUGAAUUAGAUGAAAGAGAAGCGCAAAGUAAGAGAAUGAAUUUUAUCUUUAAUACAUGAAGUGUCUGUAAUCUAUAAGCAACAAUAUCGAUACAAUUUGCCACUCCAAUCCAGGAAUAGUUUUACGAACGAAUUGAACAAGUGAACGUUUCAACUUCUAAAAAGAUUCAAAGUUUUUAUAAGAAAUGAGCAAUCCAAGAUUAAAUCCAAAUAUAAUUCCAGCGUUAAAAUUGCCAAGAUACAAAAAUUGGGCUGUAUCUGUUAAUUUUGUCGUGAGCACCACUGAAAUAUGGGCCAGGGUUGUAAACGAGAUUAAUAUUAUAGAUCCGUUUUAUAAAAUGAUGGAGGAGAUGAACGAUUUUUACAACAAUCGUGAUUUAGUUCCUCUAAGAGCAAGUAGAAUAAACUUUGGACAUUAUUAUGCAGUCUAUGAACACGAAACGUGGCACAGAACUCGUUGUAAAAGUAUCGAUGUUGAAACUGGAAAUAUUACUCUGUUUUUCAUUGACCAUGGCAGCACAGACAUUCAUCAUUGCACCGAAUUGUAUACAUUGGAAAGAAAAUUCUACACAUUGCCAGCUCAGGCAUUAAGGCUGCGUCUUUUCGGUUUGGAAUAUGCCCAUGAUUAUUACGCUCUUGUAAGACGCAUUGACAAAUUACUAUAUGAUCGUCCUCUAUUUGUUAAAGUAGUAAGAUUUGAUAGAGACGAGAAGGGACCAAUUCUGACUGUUGUGUUUUACGAUACAUACGGACGAGAAGAUGUCAAUCUUAAUGACUAUUUCACAGAUUAUAUAUUAUCAGUAGCACGUGGCCCUGCCUUGGAUACUUGCGGAAAAAUAUAUGAAGUCAUUAUAUCUUACGUAGACACGAAUGGUGAUGUUUAUGUAGAAAUUAAGACAAAAAAAAUGAAAUUUGUAUACUACUUAUUAAAUCGAUUAAUACCUAAAAUAAACGAAAACACUAGAGAGAUUUGCCCUAUAACUACGGUUCAAUCUUCUAAAAUCUAUUUGGUAUGGGUACAUAAUAACUGGUAUCGAGCGAAAAUAUUAUGCUUUACCUACCAUAAUCAGUUAAAGGUACUUUUAAUCGAUAUUGGUCAUACCGUUCUCACAGUCAAAAGCAAUCUUCUUAAUUUAGAACAAUUGUGUGAACCAUUAGCGAAAUGUCCUGGUCAGGUGAAGAAAGUACAUAUUGUCAACAUCAACAAACUAUUCGUCAAAAGGGUGGUUAAUAGACUUGUUCCAAAGGGUCUACCAAUUCUGAUGAAAAUUGAUUCAUUUAAAGAGAAUGUACCUUACGUGAAACUAUUCAGACAAAUGCACCUAAGUGACAUGCUUGUUCCUAUCAUUGACAACUUAAGCUCAUGCAGAUACGAAAUACCGUUCAUGCAAAGAGAACGAAUGAUGGAGGAUGAUGAAAUCAUACGAUCUUUGAACCCCCCGAGACUGCCAGACAUGCAUGUAUAUUUUGAAGUACAUGUAGUAAAGGCACUGAAUCCUGAUGAUUUCACCAUUCAACCAUUUGCUUACAGACGUGCAUUACACGAGUUCAUGAACCGGUUAAGAGAUGUUUGCGAAGAAUAUGAAGGUCCUCCGCUGACUAGAGUUAAAAAAGGCCAAAUAUAUGCAGCACGACUCACCGACGGUCAUUGGUACAGGGUUCGCAUGUUAAGUGUAAUUAGACCAUAUUUGAUCGGCGUUUACUUUUGUGACUAUGGAGACGAGACAGUAUUGCCUCUAAGUAAAUUGCAACCUUUGCAUAGUGAAUUCUUAGAAUUUCCUUAUCAGGCUAUGAAAGCAAAAUGUGCUGGUAUACGACCGAUUAACGGUGAUUGGACUCCUGACGACAUAUUAAGAUUUAAAGAUUUGGUGGCAGGCAGGAAUUUCGGAUCGGUUAUUGUGUCUAGGCCCGAUGUAAUUUCCAACGAUACGAUAUUAGGAUUGCAAUUAAUCGAUGCUAAUAAGAGAAGUGGUUCUCGUAUCGACAAGAUUCUGGUAGAUGAAGGGCGAGCCGUAUAUUUUAUUGAGUAAAUCCCUUCGAUUCCACCUGUUGCCUUAUCCCUUCGAUUCCACCUGUUGCUAUAUCUUUCCAAUUCCACCUGUUGCUAUGUCCUUUACGUUGGUCGUGAAUAAUUAAGUAUUACUUUGCGUGCAAUACAUGUAUGUUGUAACAUGCAACAUUUAACUAUUCUAGCAUAGUUCGAUGAAAGAAGGGAAAACCAAUUAAUGUAGCCAAUAUGUUAUGCUGUCUAACUAAAAUAUGCAUUCUCUUAAUGCCCAAUUUUUCGAUACGCAGCAUGUCAACUGUAAAAUUUACGAGUUGCUGCUGGAUAGAUUUAUUGAUAAAAAUUUCGUUUCUAAUGCAUUGCCUAAACGCCAUGAAAGCAUGCAGUGCAAGAACUGUGAAAUGUAUACAUAUCGGUAUACUUAGUACACUAUUGAUUCCUACACAUGUACAGAAAUUGUACUGUAUUACUAAUUUGUACACCAACAACUAACAAUUCAUUUAAUUUUUUUAA